UCGUUUGUAAACGUUGCACCUCAUUCCUAACUCGGACAAAUACCUACAGGUUGGAUUGCUGUCACGUCGUUUGUGGAGACUGCGUGGAAUUUCUUCCUGUUCGAGUUGACGCACUAAUGCUCUACGAAUGUCCUGUUUGCAAAGAAUAUGGCCUCCCUAUCAAACUUUAUGGCUAAAUCUUCCUGAUUCCAUUGUAGUUUACCCUCGUAGUUAUAGGAUUUGCUUUGCGUUUUGUAGUUUGCCAGCGUAGUGUAGAAUUAGCUUUGCGCAUUGUAGUCUUUCGUUUUGUAGUUUCCCAAGGUAGUGUAGUAUUUUUAAAUUAAUGCAUGCUUAUUCCUCCCAAAAAAUGUUUGCGCUAAUCAAGUACGUGGAAGAUUCUGUAAUCCAUGUAUGCUCAACAAAGGACAUUAAACAAUAUGGACAUCAGAAGUUAGCAAGGUGGUGCGACGGGCAUUUUUAUCUAUCAACUAUAAUCUGUUAUAAUGAUAAUCGAAAGAUUCUGGAAGAUAUUCGAGAGAACUUGGUGCACCGUUCACCCAUAGUUGCAUUAUAUUCCGACAAACAACAAGGAGAUGAAGUUUCUGUUGCCAACAUGAUACAACAUGAUAAUUCAUUUAAACGUCGUUUAAUGCUUACUGCUGCAGACAAAACAAAUUUGGUGAAAACCUGCAGGAACAAGGACAAUAACUUUACAGAAACCGCUCUCCUUAAUAAGGCUACACAAGAAGGUGUAUCUAGUUCCCUGCCAUCUUCUUUAACAAAACACAGUAGUAACUGUUCCUCUGAAAUUGGUUUGGUAACUGAUGCUUUCACUACAUCGCCACCUGACAGUCUAACUACAUUAAUUCCCCUCGAUCCGACUAGUCCCUCCACUUAUGAUGCAGAAAAUGGAUCCGUGGAAAUAAUUUCCAGAACCCGAGUAAACAUUUCCCCUGAUAUUAUUCGUUUUACCGAAGAAAAUAGACAGUAUGAUAUUAAUACUAAUUUUUCUACUGCAUCUAUGGACCGUUUGCUUUGUCACAACGAACCAUUAGUUAUUGAGGGCAAAGUAGUAGAUUACUCUAAUGAUUAUUUUGAAAUGAAUGACGUGGACUUGCAAGACGGUGUCAUUGCGAAUGUAUCACAUCCCGUACAAAACACCUGGAAUCUUCCUAGUGAUUUGGAAGACGCAACUUUUAUUAAUGGAGAAACGAAUGUCAUGGACUUGCAAGACACUGUCAUUGCGAAUGUAUCGCAUCCCGUACAAAACACCUGCGAUGUUUUUAUGGAUUUGGAAGACGCAACUUUUAUUAAUAGAGAAACAAAUGUCAUGGACUUGCAAGACACUGUCAUUGCGAAUGUAUCACAUCCCGUACAAAACACCUGCGAUGUUUUUAUUGAUUUGGAAGACGCAACUUUUAUUAAUAGAGAAACAAAUGUCAUGGACUUGCAAGACACUGUCAUUGCGAAUGUAUCACAUCCCGUACAAAACACCUGCGAUGUUUUUAGUGGAAGACGCAACUUUUAUUAA